GCGCUCCGAGAGUUACGGGGUUGUGGGCGGGGAAGAGCCUCUCGGCCUCCUCCGGGGAGGAAGACGCGCAGGCGUCAGGCCUUGUGACCAGCCGUGAGCCGAAGCAGGAGGCGGCGCUGCUGCCUCUACUCGAGAGGCGUGAGCAGAGCCGGGAAAGGGGAGGGCCGCGUCUUCAGCCUCGCUGCGAGUCGCCGCGUUCCUGCCCGGCCCUUUCUGCCUGCCGCCGCCGCCGGAAUGGCGCUGAGCUUGACGGUGAACCCCUCGGACGUUCCUCUCGGAGCCUUGCUUACUGCAGAACAUGUGAAGGAUCAUGUUAAAAUUUCAGUUGAAGAAGGCAAAGAGAACAUCCUACGGGUAUCUGAUCAAGUUACAUUUACAGAUGUGAAUUCCAUAGCUCGCUAUCUGGCUAGAAUUGCUACAUCUGCUGGAUUAUAUGGAUCUAAUUUGCUGGAACACACUGAGGUUGACCAUUGGAUGGAGUUCAGCACCACAAAGUUGUCUUCUUCCACCAGUUUUGCUUCAGCAAUUCAAGAGCUCAAUAACUGCCUUUCUCUGAGAACUUAUUUGGUUGGGAACUCUUUGAGUCUUGCAGAUUUCAGUGUCUGGGCAACACUAAAAGGCAGCAAUGCAGGCCAAGAGCUGUUACUUCAUGGUAAAGCUCCAGUUCAUGUAAAACGCUGGUACAACUUUCUUGAAACACAGCAUGUUUUCCAGUCAGUAGGUUCCAGGUGGACUCUGGGAGCUGCUAUUCCAAAGACUAAAAUGGCAGCAGAUAAGAAGCAAGAUGUUGGGAAAUUCGUUGAACUCCCUGGAGCAGAGAUGGGAAAAGUCAUUGUUAGAUUUCCUCCUGAGGCAAGUGGAUACUUGCAUAUUGGUCAUGCAAAAGCUGCUCUGUUGAAUCAGCACUACCAGGUCAACUUCAAGGGUAAACUGAUCAUGAGGUUUGAUGAUACAAAUCCAGAAAAAGAAAAAGAAGAUUUUGAAAAGGUUAUCUUGGAAGAUGUUGCAAUGCUGCACAUCAAACCAGACCAAUUCACAUACACUUCGGAUCAUUUUGAAACAAUAAUGAAAUAUGCUGAGAAGCUCAUUCAUGAAGGGAAGGCUUAUGUGGAUGACACGCCAGCAGAACAAAUGAAAAUGGAACGAGAGCAAAGAACAGAGUCCAAGCACAGAAAUAACUCUGUUGAGAAGAACUUCAAAAUGUGGGAGGAAAUGAAAAAGGGAACGGAAUAUGGGCAGACCUGCUGUCUACGAGCAAAAAUCGACAUGAGUAGUAACAAUGGAUGUAUGAGGGACCCAACUCUUUAUCGUUGCAAAAACCAGCCACAUCCACGAACAGGAAAUAAGUACAAUAUUUAUCCCACGUAUGAUUUUGCCUGUCCCAUAGUUGACAGUAUUGAAGGUGUCACUCAUGCAUUGAGAACAACAGAAUAUCAUGACAGAGAUGAGCAGUUCUACUGGAUUAUUGAAGCCUUGGAAAUAAGAAAACCAUAUAUCUGGGAGUACAGCCGCUUAAACCUCAACAACACUGUAUUGUCUAAAAGGAAGCUCACUUGGUUUGUCAACGAAGGGCUAGUGGAUGGCUGGGAUGACCCAAGAUUCCCAACUGUGCGUGGUGUCCUAAGAAGAGGCAUGACAGUUGAAGGACUGAAACAGUUUAUUGCUGCACAGGGCUCCUCUCGAUCAGUUGUAAACAUGGAGUGGGAUAAAAUUUGGUCAUUUAACAAAAAGCUGCGAGCUAUCUGUAAGAAGGUUAUAGAUCCCGUGGCACCUCGCUACACUGCUUUGCUGAAGAAUGAAGUAGUCACAGUAAAUGUUCCUGAAGCUCAAGAAGAGAUGAAAGAAGUCGCCAAGCAUCCAAAGAAUGCUGAGGUUGGCUUGAAGCCUGUAUGGUACAGUCCCAAAGUGUUGGUUGAAGGCGCAGACGCAGAGACGUUGACAGAAGGAGAGAUGGUUACAUUUAUUAACUGGGGCAACAUAAUCGUCACCAAAAUACACAAGAACUCCACUGGGAAAAUCACAUCCAUUGAUGCUAAACUAAAUUUGGAAAAUAAGGACUACAAAAAAACUGCUAAGAUCACCUGGUUGGCAGAAACUCCUCGUGCUCCUCCCAUCCCUACUGUCUGUGUCAACUAUGAGCACUUGAUCACCAAACCUGUCCUGGGCAAAGAGGAAGAUUUCAAGCAGUAUGUCAACAGAAAUAGCAAGCAAGAAGAAUUGAUGUUAGGUGAUCCUUGCCUUAAAGAUCUGAAAAAAGGAGAUAUAAUACAGAUUCAGAGAAGAGGCUUUUAUAUUUGUGACCAGCCAUAUGAGCCUAUUAGCCCCUACAGCUGUAAAGAAGCUCCAUGCAUUUUGAUUUAUAUCCCUGAUGGGCAUACAAAAGAAAUGCCAACAUCUGGAUCUAAGGAGAAAACCAAGGCAGAAACAGCAAAGAAAGAGGCUAGUACUGUGUCGAAAGGACAAUCUGCUCCACUUGUGGCUGAUGCUUCUCAUGCUGCAGCCCCUGCUUCAGCCCAAGACCACUUGGCUCUUUACAGCAAGGUGUCUGCCCAAGGAGAUGCAGUUCGUGAAUUGAAAUCAAAGAAAGCAGCAAAGGAAGAAGUUGAUGCUGCCGUGAAACAGCUGCUAGCCUUGAAAGCGGAAUACAAGGAGAAGACGGGUCAAGACUACAAGCCUGGGAAUCCUCCAGUCGCUGCAGUUCAGGCCCAGCCUUCCAAGUGUGAGGCUGCCACUGCCACCCAUCUAGACAGCAAGUCUCUUUAUGAUAAAGUAGCUGAGCAAGGGGAAGUGGUUCGAAAGCUAAAAGCAGAAAAAGUGCCCAAGGAUCAGAUAGAAGCUGCUGUGAAAGUGCUUUUAGCUUUGAAAGCAGAAUAUAAGCAAAAGACAGGCCAGGAAUACAAACCUGGAAACCCAGCAAAGAGUUUGCUUCCUAGUUCAGCUCCUUCUCUUCCUCCUUCCAUGCCCCUCUGUCCAGUAGUCAGCAAAGCUCUUUACAGCAAAGUGGCAGAACAAGGCGAAGUGGUUCGUAGACUAAAGUCGGAGAAAGCAGCAAAGGAUCAGAUAGAUGCUGCUGUGAAAGUGCUUCUUGCUCUAAAAGCAGAAUAUAAGCAAAAGACAGGCCAAGAUUAUAAACCUGGACAUCCACCUGCAGUUCCUCUUUCCUCCUCCUGCUCCUCCUCUUCUUCCUCCUCCCUGUCCUCUUGUGCCUCUGAUCCUGCUCCUCUGUCCUGCAAUGGUUUGACAUCUUCUAGCCCAGUAGACAGAAAUGUUCUGUACAAUAAAGUAGUUGAACAAGGCGAGUUGGUACGGAGACUCAAAGCCGAAAAGGUGUCCAAGGAUAAAGUGGAUGAAGCUGUAAAACUCCUUCUUUCCCUGAAAGCGGAAUAUAAAGAAAAGACUGGUCAGGAUUAUAAGCCAGGACAAUUACCGGCACCUCAGGCACAUGCCUUAAACCAGCCGGCAAGCACAGAAACCAGUGGCCCUGACUCUGCAGAAGCAAAAGCUCUCUUUAACAAGGUUGCUCUCCAAGGAGAAGAGGUCCGGAAAUUGAAAGCGGAGAAGGCAGAAAAGGAUAAGAUUGAUGCUGCAGUGCAAGAGCUGCUUCAGUUGAAGGCGCAGUACAAGACACUGGCGGGAACAGACUAUAAACCAGUCUCUGCAACUGGAGCAGAAGACAAAGACAAGAGGAAGAAAGAGAAAGAGAACAAAUCCGAGAAGCAAAAUAAGCAACAGAAGCAGAAUGAGGGCCAAAAGAAAGAAUCACAGAAAGACCAAAGUGGUGGCAGCAACUUAUCCUCAAAUGGACCAGGAGAUGGUCAGGGACCUAAGAAACAAACCAGGUUGGGGCUAGAGGCUAAGAAGGAAGAGAAUCUAUCUGACUGGUAUUCUCAGGUGAUCACAAAAUCAGAGAUGAUUGAAUACUACGAUGUGAGUGGCUGUUACAUUCUCCGUCCCUGGGCUUUUUCCAUCUGGGAAAGCAUCAAAGAGUUUUUUGAUGGUGAAAUCAAGAAACUUGGAGUGGAAAACUGCUACUUUCCAAUGUUCGUAUCCCAGGCUGCGUUGGAAAAGGAGAAGACACACAUUGCUGAUUUUGCCCCGGAGGUUGCCUGGGUUACAAGAUCUGGCAAAACAGAGCUGGCUGAACCAAUAGCUGUACGUCCUACUAGUGAAACAGUAAUGUAUCCUGCCUAUGCAAAGUGGGUUCAAUCACACAGGGAUCUCCCCAUCAAACUUAAUCAGUGGUGCAAUGUUGUGCGCUGGGAGUUCAAACAUCCACAGCCUUUCUUGCGUACUCGUGAAUUCCUGUGGCAGGAGGGACACACAGCAUUUGCAACUUACGAAGAGGCAGCAGAAGAGGUAUUACAGAUCCUUGAUCUUUAUGCUCGUGUGUAUGAAGAACUUCUGGCAAUUCCUGUUGUGAAAGGAAGAAAGACAGAAAAGGAGAAGUUUGCAGGUGGAGAUUAUACAACUACCAUUGAGGCAUUUAUAUCCGCCAGUGGGCGAGGCAUCCAGGGAGCAACUUCUCAUCACUUGGGACAGAAUUUUUCAAAGAUGUUUGAGAUUGUCUUUGAAGAUCCCAGGAUACCAGGAGAGAAACAAUUUGCUUAUCAGAACUCUUGGGGUAUCACAACUCGGACCAUUGGCGUAAUGACCAUGAUUCAUGGAGAUAACAUGGGUCUAGUACUACCUCCCAGGGUCGCUUCUGUUCAGGUUGUGAUUAUUCCCUGUGGAAUCACCAAUUCACUUUCGGAAGAAGACAAGGAGGCCCUGAUGGCAAAAUGUGCUGAAUACCGUAAGCAGCUAUUCAGUGCCAAUAUCCGUGCACGUGUUGACUUGAGAGAGAACUAUUCACCUGGAUGGAAAUUCAAUCACUGGGAGCUUAAGGGUGUUCCAGUCAGGCUUGAAGUGGGUCCACGAGAUAUGAAAAAUCAUCAGUUUGUAGCUGUUAGACGAGACACAGGAGAGAAGCUGACUUUUGCUGAAAAAGAAGCGGUGGACCAGCUGAGAUGUGUUCUGGACAAAAUCCAGACUAACCUUUUUGACAGAGCUUCUAAAGACCUAAAGAAUCAUAUGGUGGUGGCCAAUACAAUGGAAGAGUUUCAGACUGCACUUGAUUCAGGAAAGAUAGUGCAGAUUCCUUUCUGUGGUGAAAUAGAUUGUGAGGACUGGAUCAAAAAGACAACUGCCAGAGAUCAAGACCUUGAGCCUGGUGCUCCAUCCAUGGGAGCAAAAAGUCUCUGCAUCCCCUUCAAGCCGCUGUGUAAGCUGGAGAACGGAGCAAAAUGUGUCUGUGGCAAGAACCUUGCCAAGUUCUACACCCUCUUUGGCCGUAGUUACUAAACUGCUAGUUUGAAACACCAUUUUCUUUAUCUUUCAAGCCCUCAACUUUUUUGAAGUAAAGACUGGAAUCUUCCCAGAUCCUAUCACGUUUUUGUUACUUUUUAAAACAGCUGCAAAUAAAGCCAUACAGAGUCAAAGAGCCCCUUCAGUCAGACUAGCAGUGAUGCACAGACUUUUCUGUAUACAACAUCUCUAAUAAUAAAUACAUAUUGUCAGCUA